CCCCAAGCGACUCCGAGUGAAAGUUCGUGAGUUUGAUUGUUUCGCGAUCGAUUUAUUCCGUGGAACCUCGUUACUACAUUAAUAUAAUCAGUCACCAUGGGCGAUGCACCGGCAGCCGCAGCUAAGGCACCCAAGAAAAAGGCACCGAAAAAGCCCGCCGAGCACCCGAAGUACGAAGAAAUGAUUAUCGCAGCGAUUAAAGAGUUGAAGGAGCGAACGGGAUCUUCACGCCAGAAGAUCACGAAAUAUAUAUCGGAACAUUACAAAGUAGGAGGUAAUGUUGCCGUACAAGUGAAACUCAAUCUCAAGAGACUUGUGGCUGCAGGCAAGCUAAUUCAGGCCAAAGGAGUAGGAGCAUCUGGUUCUUUCAAGGUCAACAAAGCCGCUGAGCCGAAGCCUAAACCUAAACCGAAGAAGAAGCCUGCAGCCAAGAAACCGGCAGCCAAACCCAAAAAGAAGCCGGCAGCCAAGAAACCAGCCGCCAAAAAAGCAGCAGCUAAAAAGAAGCCUGCUGCCAAAAAGAAGACUGCGAAAAAACCAGCUGCGAAAAAACCGGCCGCUAAAAAAUCCCCGAAGAAACCAGCCGCUAAGAAACCUGCUGCGAAGAAAGCUGCAAAGAAAGCAAAGACCCCAACGAAGAAGACACCCAAGAAGAAGGCCGCCAAGAAAUAAGCAGAGUGAUGAUUAAUUGAGGACUAUCUCAUCCUACUGUUCAUAUUAGAGACUGCGGUUUCCGUUGACCCAGUAAGUUAAGAAAAAAAAAAAACAAACCUUUGCUAUAGCGGAGGGUGCCGAGCGUAGUCUAGAAAACAGAGAUAGUAAGAAUUCAGAAUUCUAUUAGUAGAUGUGUAUUUCCGUUCAGUAACAGGUUUCUUUUUUUGAUAGACAUUUAUUUAUGUAAAAUACCGGUAACAGAGUCAUGAGUUGCGCGAAGGUUUUGUAAAUAAAUCGAGGAAGGAAACGAAUUUUUUUCAAACAA